AUGAGGGUCCGACUCAAGUUAAUGAGAGCACCAUUGAAGACCUUGCAACUUGAAAGGGGAGAAGUGGAUGAGAUCCUUGCAAAGAGAGAGUUCACAUCCUUAAGGGGAAAACAACACGAGUUCUCAGUGAAAUGGGAGGGCCUCGAAUAUGAAGAUGUAAGGGGAAGAGAUGUAACCAUUUGUGGACAAAGUCGAAGAGUACCUGGUGUCGAAGUUUAUGAGGAUGUUGACUACACAGUGGGGGAGAAUGUUACGAGCUUAGCUUGUUACCGGGCUGUGAUUUGUGGAAUGGAUCCCGUAUGCUGCCAAUCAAGUUCAUGGAUGGAAACUGCACAUGUUGAAAAGUUGUCUCGUGGUUCAAGUCAGCCAUUUUAUCAGUUCAUGGUUUUUCCGGUCUUGGUUGAUGUACAUGCAGACCCUAAUCUACUAGUGGCUUAUGUUGCUGAGGAGAAUUUGUUAGCCCCUGAAAAGCCUGACAUGGUGAGUAGAAAUAUGUUUGAUCAUCCGUAUGCUUCCUUUCUAUUCUAUGGAAUGGAUGCAGCUGGAGAUUUUAUACCAAUUAAGCAGCUACGUGAAAAAUUCAAUAGGCCUCGGCAUGAAGUGCCCACCGAUUCAGAAGAUGAGGGAACCGGAGAAGAUGCGUAAAGGGAUGAUGCCUGAUUUUCUGCCCCUUUUAACUUUCAAGUGUCAGAGAGCACCUUCUUGUGCCAGGAAGCAUCGACCUAAAACUCAAUUCAUUUCUACAUUCUAGCUGCAUUGGCAGAGGCCCUUUGGCUUAUUUAUGAUUCUGAUUCUUGUACAUAGCAUACUUUUUGGGGCUGAAGCUAUUGGCAAUGACAGUUUAGUCUUGUUAAGAGUUAUGUUUAUGGAUCAGUGACGUAGGCAAUUCUUGCAUU